UUUUGUAAAGUAUCACGUCCAAUGGAUGGGGACACCAAAGAGCUCCAUCUCGAGGGUUAACAAUGAGAUCCACAGGGCUUAGUUUAUUUGCUUCAUUAACUCCUUUUCAUUCUGUAAUUCUUAAAGAGCGUGGCAGAUUUUCAUCAAAUUUGUGUUAUACGAAUUCAAUAAAGUCAAAGGAGUUGCACUCUUACAAUCAAAAGUUCGAAUUGAAUACCGAAUCUGUAAUGGGUGCCGAGCGCUAUCUUCCUCCCUGGUUUAGUGUUGCUCCAAUGAUGGAGUGGACAGAUAGUCACUACAGAACUAUGGCCAGGCUCAUCUCAAAACAUGCGUGGCUCUAUACUGAAAUGCUUGCGGCGGAAACAAUUAUAUACCAGAAGGGAAAUUUGGAUAGGUUCUUGGCAUAUGGACAUGAGCAGCAUCCUAUUGUACUUCAAAUUGGCGGAAAUGACUUAGGAAAUCUGGCAAAAGCUACAGAACUAGCAACUCCUUACGGCUACGAUGAGAUCAAUUUUAAUUGUGGAUGCCCCAGCCCCAGGGUAGCUGGACACGGGUGUUUUGGGGCCCGCCUCAUGCUUGAUCCAAAGUUUGUUGCUGAAGCUAUGUCAGUUAUUGCUUCUCAUACAAAUGUGCCUGUUAGUGUUAAAUGCAGAAUAGGAGUUGAUGACCAUGAUUCAUACUACGAACUCUGCGACUUCAUUUACAAAGUUUCUUCACAGUCUCCAACUCGCCACUUUAUUAUACACUCCCGUAAAGCAUUACUUAAUGGAAUAAGUCCAGCGGAUAAUCGAAAAAUACCUCCCCUCAAAUAUGAGUAUUUCUACGCUCUCUUGCGUGAUUUUCCUGACCUACAGUUUACAAUAAAUGGGGGCAUAAAUACCAUUAAUGAGAUAAAUGCUGCUCGGAGCGAAGGUGCUCAUGGGGUGAUGGUAGGACGUGGAGUAUACAACAAUCCAUGGCAGCUUUUAGGAAAUGUUGAUAGCGCAGUAUAUGGUGCACCGCGUAGUGAUCUGACCCGCCGACAGGUCCUGGAGAAGUAUCAGGCUUAUGGAGAUUCAGUGCUGAAAAUAUAUGGACAAGGACCCACCAUCAGGGAUGUUGUCAAGCCUUUGCUUGGUCUGUUUUAUUCAGAGCCUGGAAAUAGUCUUUGGAAGCGCAAAGUUGAUGCUGCUUUCCAACACUGCACUACUGUAAAAUCCCUUCUUGAGGAGUCAAUUGUGGCCAUACCUGACCACAUUUUGGAUUCUCCUGUUGCUGAGAUGACAACUGGCUCUUCGAAUGCUUUUACCAUUGCUAAGGGUAUUCUGCCUACUCCGUAUAGAAUCAGAGAAGAAGAAACGCUGUAUUCCUAGACUGCUCGACACUCUUACUUUAUUAUGCUAUAACAUAUUCAUCGCAGCUUGCAUGGCAUAGGCCUAACUCUUCGGGAUUAGUAAGUGAUCAGUCCCGUUUAGUUACACAGGUAUAUCCAUACAUGUGACUUUUUGUUUGGGUGCUUCUUGUAAAACCCGGUGAUCCGUAUACCUGUAUAAUGCUUUCGUGGAUUCAAAUACUUGAAUGAAUACAGCCUUCUGUAACAAAUCCUGCUGGUUCUAGCAGCAGAAGUUAGAAGGAUCAAAUCAUCAAUACUGUAUGUAUUUUCAAGAUCAUGUACUGGUUAAAUUGAGAAGCACUUCACCUCAUGAUUAUGAAAACAUGCAUUUUAUUGCAAUCUCAA